AUGCCGCGCGCGUCGCUCGGACGGUGUUACGUCGCGCUGGAGACGACGGCGGCGGCGGCGAGGGAGGUGCGACGGGGCGAUCUCUUGCGCAUUCGGGCGAGCGAUGGGCGAACGCUUCGAAUCUCUCGGGCGACGACGGAGGCGGACGGCGAGCGCGAUGAUGCGGCGGCGAACGGGACGUUCGAGGCGACGUGCGCGGGUGGAUCGGCGUUCGCGCGCGCGUUCGUGGAGUUGGGCGCGCGCGGGACGGCGACGGCGGUCGGGACGCGCGGCGGCGGCGGCGGCGACGGCGACGGCGACGCGAACGGCGCGAUGCGGGCGCGCGGGGGAGGGGGUACCGUGGUUUUGAUCGUUCGGUGUGAGGUGUCGGUGGUCGGGACGGCGAUUGGGGGGUGGGGGCGAUGCGGGCGCCACGCGCGAAUCGUCGCGGCGACGCACAUGACGAGCGCGCGGGAGAAGACGUCGGAGGAAUACGACGAUGAGGCGCUUGAUCCGACGCUCGAGAGUGGUUUUUGCGGUGUUUUGGGAUGUUGUGCGCACGCGGGUGAUCGUAGGGCGACGAUGAGCGCGACUUUGGAGGAGUUGCGACCGGAGAUGAAACGGGAACACGAACCGGUGCGACGGGCUGUCGAUGGCUAUCUGUGCGCCGGGGACUUGCCGGAGGAUGUUUUGAGUCGUAUUUUAGGUUUUUUGGACGUCAGGUGCGCGGGCACUUUGGCGGCGACGUGUCGAGGGUUUCGCUCGCGCGUCGAGGAGACGUCUCCGGGAAUGGCGCUCACGCUGCAUCCGCACCAACGCGCGGCGCUCGGAUGGAUGCGACGACGCGAGCGCGCGCGAUUGCCUCGCGUUCAAGAUCCUCUGUGGAAGCGUUUUGAAUGCGAUGACGGACGUGUGUUGUGGUUAAACACGAUAAAGGGCGAUUUGAGCGACCAGCAUCCUGAGGUACACGAGGAUUCGCAGGGUGGUAUGUUGUGCGACGAGCCCGGCUUAGGAAAGACCGUCACCGCUCUCGCGCUCGUGUUGGCUCGGCGUGGUUGGCGUCCGUCUCCACCGCCAGGUUGCACCGCGCGAAAGAUUGGAGAGAGGUGGUACUACGAUGAGACGAGCUCGGCCUUCGGAUCGCUCGGUCCGACCGUGAUGGAUGGCUCUAGUGCGUCGACGUCGUACGCCGAGACACCGCCGGCAAAGUCAACGAUGAGUCGGAACUCGUCUCGCGGUGAUUCUUCCGGUCUUCGACGAAGCAGACGCUCGAACGGGGGCACGCCCGUUGGAUACUUCGCCGCUGUUGCGAAAAAUGGUCUGGACGGAACGGUGAACGGGCGCGGUGCGAAACGGUCAGAAAGGGAGGAAAAGCGCGCGCACGAGGAGUUGGCAGCGGCGACGGUUGAGAAUCCGGAUUGGCGGGCACGCCUGGAGUGCUCGUCGCACGCUGCACCGAUCGGAUUCAUCGCUCGCGAGGGGAUGAAGGAAGAUUCGGCGCGUCUGGCUAGAAAUACGACGCACUUCGAGGGCGUACUGCGCAAUUGUUUCAUGUACAUCGGUCGCGAGGCGACGUGCGAUGUCGUGGACUACAUUUUAGAAAACACAACAGAGGUUUCUCACGCGAUGCCGCUGUCGAUACCGCUGUUUCGUAGGAGCUCGGACCAUCCACCGCUAUUUCACGCGCUCGGUUUGGUCAAGUACGACGGCAUCGGCAAGUUGGAAAACGCCUUUCCGUUCGCCCCACCCGGACCGUGUGAGGACGAUCUCAUUUUAGACAAACAAGCGCUUCACGACGCUGUGUGCGCCGUAGAUAACAGGCGAAGAGGCGGGGAGACCACACGCGUGUGGUUAUCCAGAGCGACGUUCAUCAUCAUUCCGAGCGUUCUCAUCGAGCACUGGCUCACGCAAAUACGCAUUUGCACCGGCGGUGAUGCCGCUCGAUGGAUCCCGCGCGUUGCAGUUUUGGAUAAGUCUCCAAAGAACGACAAAAAGGAGGGCGAGGUAAAGAGCGAAGGCGCGUGGGAGCCUACGUAUAUGUUCGACUUCUCGGAUAUGGAUGCGAGCGAUUUGGCGAGCGAUUUUGAUAUUGUCAUCAUGCCCAUCAAUCGGCUGUCGACUGAAUUUUCAAAGGUGGAUUCACCGCUGUUGCGCAUCAUGUGGCAGCGAGUCAUCAUGGAUGAGGGUCACCAGCUCGGCGCGACUCUAGCGAUUACGGCCAAGCUUUCGGUGGCUUGCGCGCUCAAAGCCCACGCUCGGUGGCUGAUGACAGGCACGCCCACACCGAGCACGCUCAAGGGAGACGGCACGGCGCAUCUGCAGCCUCUUCUGGGAUUCCUUCGCCAGCCACCUUAUGGGAACAGCACUGCGCUCUGGUCGAACGCGGUGCAGCGACCGUUGGAGGGUACGGAUCGAUUAACACAGGUCGACGCCGUUCUUCGUCUUGGGGACAUUUUACGUCGGUGCAUGGUUCGCACGUGCAAGUCGCACAUUUUGUUGCCGCCCAUGAAACGCACGACGACCAUGUUGAAGUUUAGCGACGUACACGCCGAGUCUUACAACGAUCUCGUCGCGCACGUCAAACGAUCGUUGCUCUUGGCUGAUUGGGGGGAUCCGUGUCACGAAGAGUCUCUACUCAAUCCCAAGAAUGUGCUAUCAGCGUCGGCCGCGGUGACUAACCUACGAGAAGCCGCGUGCGUGGUUGGCAAGAUGCCAACGACGUUUGAUCCCGAUGAAUUUGAUGAAACGAUUCGUGAUUUGCAUCAUUAUCUUAAAAAGCGGGGCUUUGGUGAAGAGGAACGCAAGGCGCGUUGUAGGCGCGUGUCGCCCAUGUUGAUGCAGUGCAAAGGAACGUGCGACUUGUGUGCGCACGAGGUGAUCAUGCCACUCGUCACACCGUGUGCGCAUAUUUUGUGCUGCGGCUGUGUCAUGCACGGUCCGCCCAAGGGAAAGACGCUGAACGGGGUCGAGAACGCGGUCGAUGAACCGGAUCUCCCGCCUGGGAUAGUCCGUGCUCCUCGUGGGUGUCCGGUGUGCGGUUCUGCCUAUGUCAUGCAGCGAGAGAACCCGUACAACUCCAACCCAGCACAAGCCGUGCCCGAGGAUCUCAUCGAACUUCAACCGUCGUACAUUCAGCACCCGUGGAAAGUAGACGAGAGUCGAGCCGAUGGCGUGUACGCACAGGGUGAGAGCUCCAAAGUGGACCAUUUGCUUGCGCGUCUUCGAAAGAUUGGUGCCGCUGUGGACGAGGAAACGUUGAGGCAGCAAGACGAACGAGACGCCUUCUUCGCACGCGAGGCGAACGGGCUCGCCGAGGACACGCCGGGAUGGAACGGGUCGAUCAAUCCAAACGCGCGGCCACAGACCAAUCGACGAAAACGUCGACGCCUAGAUGUCGCCUUGCCGCUCAAGGUGAGAGAUUUCAAACCUUCCAUGCCGCCGCCCAAGAAGUGCAUCGUGUACAGUAGUUUCCGUCCGCAUUUGGACUCCAUUGACUUGGCGCUUUACGGCGCACGUGUUCCGCACGAGAGCAUAACGCGCAUUGGACAAACUCGGUUUGAGCGCGAGGAGGCAUUGAAAACGUUCAAGAACGACCCGGACGUCGCCGUUUUGCUUUUGAAUCGCGCGGCCGCGGAGGGAUUGGAUUUAUCCUUUGUUUCGUAUGUUUUCCUCAUGGAGCCUCUGUCGAACAUGUCACUGGAAGAGCAAGUCGUCUCUCGCGCGCACCGCAUGGGUCAGAUGGACACCGUCCACGUCGAGGUGCUCGCGAUGGAGAACACCGCGGAGGAGACCAUGCUCGACGUGCAGGCAGAAUUGUUGCGCAAACCGAUGACGAAGAAAGAGCUAGAAUUGGCGGGUGAAACAAUCAACGAAGCUGACGCCGAGGAGAACGACAAAGAAGACGAAGCUGACGUGGCUCCGACACUCGUCGUCGAAUCGCUCUCGCGCAGAAGAGUUUUGGAGCGUCUCGCGCUCGUUCCUUCGAAAGCAUCGGACGAAGCUGCGGCUAAAAGAGCCAAAGCGGUGCAAGAUCACUUCGCUCGGCUCGGAGGCGACGGCGGAAGCGGUCGCAUGCUCGGCACUGGCAGAACAAUCGGCGAAGUAGAAGAGGAGUACUCGACUCGCAAGGCGCUCGAAGAGAGCGCGGCCGAGUUGGCCGCUAGGGGAGGCAAGGCGCCGGACAUUGGAAGCCCGAUCAAGAUGAACGGUCGCGCGACUAACGCUGAAGACGCAUCGUCGUUGGCUACUUGGAUGAUGCGCGUGCGCGACCCCACGGAUGGUGGUUCAGUGAAGGAGUUCACGUUACCCAACGGCGCGAAGACGACGGUGUCGGCCAUGCGAGCGCGCGUAUCCACGAGACUCGGGGUCGGUUUGGAAGAUUUUACCAUCUUUUGUGGAUUUCCACCGAGAGCGCUCACGGAGAAGGACUUGUCUACGCCGAUUUCUCUGCUCGGCAUUCGUCAGAACGAUUUGAUCAGUCUACGUCGCGCAAGCGCGACGGAGGAAGUGGCGCCAGACGUCCCAGUAACGACCGUCGUUACCAGUACGAAACGUAAAGAAGCACCGCGGGAAGCAGUGAAGAAAUUCGUAGACACGGCUGUUUUGGACUCCCGCGUGCAGCGACGACUGGCGAGCGCGCUGAAGGCUUCGGAGACGAGCACGGAGAUGAUGCUGCAAGAUCCCGACCUCAUCGACGACAGCGGCGGCCGUGGUACCGCGGCGACGAUGUCGCUCGAUCUCCUUCGAGCGGCGGAGUCCGGAUCGAAAUCCGCGGCGAACGACCCUGUCGUACGUUCGCUCCAAGACGCGUUCAGGUCCAUAAUCGACGAGCGCCGCCGAGAAACCGAGGGCAACGCCAAGUGCGCCGCCGUGUGCGCGGGAAACGUCGCCUUCUCCUCACUCCCCGACGGUCGUCUCGUGGUAAAAUACCGUUCCGACGUCGGGCAGGGAAAAGCAUCGAUGACGGAGCGCUCGGACUGCGUGCAGGAUCUCCCGGCGGCGAUUUUACCGUUCGUCCUCGCCGUCGUCGCCUCGGACGCGAAAACCGCUCGCGAAAACCUCGCACCGGCAGCGAUGGCCGUCGCGAGCCCACGCGUGUUCUGGGCCGUCGUUCGUCACGGCAACGUCGGUCCGAGCGGUCGUACGUUCACGGAGGCCCUGCGAUCCCUCGCCCCGGGCGUCGCCGACUGGGACGCCUUGACCGCGCGCGCGCGCGCGUCCAACCCUCGCUACGCCGAGUACGACACCUCCGGUUAA